UUUCCUCAACAUGUGAGGGCAAUUGAGUCACUUGAGGAGUAGCUUUUUACAACAUAAAAGUUGUCCUUAACAUGGUUGUUACGUCAUGGCAGCCAAGUAGAUUUGAUCCAAUCAAUAAUUGCAGCUGUUUUGGUUAAGCUGAAUGCCAAAUAUAAAAAUGUGACUGAGCACCUAGUUGGAGUUGAUGAUCGUGUAGAAGCUAUAAUUAAGAUGUUGGACGUGGAAUCUGAUGAUGUGAAAUUUCUCGCAAUCCAUGGAAUGGGAGGUGUUGGCAAAACAACACUAACCAAAGUUGUCUUCAACCGAUUGUCUUCUCGGUUCCAAGGCUGCAAUUUCCUUUCGGAUGUUCGAGAGUCAUCAGAACGACAGGGCUUGGUACAUUUGCAAAAACAAUUGUUAUCCAAGUUCCUUGAUUGUUGUUAUAUUGACCAAAUUAGUGAAGUGGAUCAUGGAAUCGACAUGAUUAAGAGGGUGCUUCAUAAUAAAAAAGUUCUCAUUGUUCUUGACGACGUGGAUGAAAACAAGCAGCUGAAAAAUUUGGCAGAAAAAGGAAAUUGGUUCGGUUUUGGUAGUCGGAUUAUCAUUACUACUAGAUACAAAAGUGUCCUAAUGAUUGACGGAGAAGUGACAAGUGAAGGUCCUAUAAAGUGUGCAAAUGUUUUGACUUAUGAAGUACAUGAAAUGGAAUUUCGCCAUGCUCUUGAGCUUUUCAGUAAGCAUGCCUUCAGGAGAGACUCUCCACCCGAUGAUUAUGUCGACCUUUCAGAAAAAGUUGUCUCCACUUUGGGAAAGCUUCCUUUAGCUCUUGAAGUCACUGGUUCAUCCCUUUAUGGUAGAUCCAAAGAAUUUUGGGUAGACACUUUGAAGAAGCUAGAAAAAGCUCCUUCCAAAGAAGUCCAAAAAACAUUGAUGAUAACUUAUGAAAGGUUAGAUGAUGCACAAAGGCAAGUAUUUCUAGAUAUAACUUGUUUUUUUGUUAAUGAGGAUAAAACCUACCCUUGCUACAUGUGGGAGGACUGUGAAUACCACCCAUACAAUGCCAUUGAAAUCCUCUAUCACAUGUCCUUGAUAAAAAUCAAAGAUGACAAUACCUUUUGGAUGCAUGAUCAAGUGCGGGACCUCGGAAGGGCAAUCGUUCGUGAAGAGAAUUUCAAAGAACCUCACAAGCGUAGCCGAGUAUGGAAUCAUCAGGAAGCCUUGAGCAUUUUGGAGCAGAAAAAGGGAAGCAAGAAGAUAGAAGCACUGUCACUAGGAUCUCGUGGAAUCAUCAUAACGCCUAGUGAAGUUGCUAAUUUACAACACCUGAGGUUCUUGAAUGGGAAUGAGAUGUUCCUUGUUGGAGACUUCAAUAAUCUUCUCUCCAAUUUAAGAUGGCUUUCUUGGCGAUGGUGCCCUUUCGAGUUUGUGGCAACAAACUUUCAUCUGGUCAAUUUAAUCGUUCUUGACCUUUCACACAGCUAUGUAUCAGAGAAAUGGAUUGGCUGGAACCAAAUUAGAGUGGCAAGUAAACUAAAAGUACUAGAUCUCAACAAUUGCAACGACUUAAUGAGAACGCCUGAUUUAUCUAUGUUGGUGUCCUUAGAGAGAUUGAUUCUUGAAGGUUGUCGCAAUUUAAUUGAAAUUGACCCUUCCAUUGGAAAAUUAAAGCUCCUCACCACUUUAAACUUGAAUGGAUGUCACGCUCUUGAAGGGUUGCCUUACGAAAUAGGAUGUCUAGAUGCUUUGACGGAGAUUCUCAUGCCUCGUUCGUCGUAUGCAUUCAAACUUCCGAAGACAAUUGGUAAUUUGAAGUCAUUGUUGACCCUUGAUGUAUCACAUAGGUGGAUCUGCAUGUUGCCAGACUCAAUUGGAGGGCUGGUGAAACUUAGGCGGUUGAAUUUAUUUAAGUGUUUAAAGAUAAAGAAACUUCCAGACUCGAUUGGGCAAUUACAAUCAUUAGUCGAGUUGGAUUUGUCAUCAACAAGUUUGGGACACCUACCUGAUUCAAUCGGCAAUUUAAAGCAAUUGACAGUACUUAGGAUGAGCCACAUAAUUGGGAUAACAAAAUUACCAAGAGCGAUUGGGCUAGUGGAGAAGCUUGAAGAGUUAGAAGCUAGUGGAUGUCACCACUUGACCGGCGAAAUCCCUCAAGAAAUUGGGAGGUUGUCUCGUUUAAGGAUCUUAGACUUGUCAUUCACACGUAUAUCCAGAUUACCCACCACUGUGCGUUACCUCUCUAAUCUCCAAACACUUAAUCUAGAAUCAUGUUCUAAGCUUAAUGAGUUGCCGCGACUUCCCCCAAGUUUGAGUUGUCUAAGGUGGGCCUUUGAUACUCUCAAGUUCUGUGGAAAUAGGACACAUGUGCUGGAGUGGGACUCUGCUUAUCACUCUAGCAUCAUACCCCUAUAUGAGGUGGAAGAGCUAGCAUUUGGCAAAACCCGGCGAUUUUGGCCUCGGCUGCUAUCUUCUAGUUUAAGAGAGUUUGAAGUUGGAAAUAUGUCAAUUACACCAUGGACGGAUUAUUCCCUUUUCAACAACUUGUCAACCUUGCGAUUACAAAGUUGUUCGAUGUCAGAAUUCCUUGAUGUGAUCCCUGAGGAGGUCGAGCCCUCCAGAAUGCAAUUAGAAAAAAAGCGAUGCGAAUCGAUUCUGUUGGAAAUGAAAAGAUUGAGAGAUUUAGAGCAAUCGGGAUCAUUUCUGUUGGAAAUAAAACAUCAAGAGAUUUAGUGAAAUCAAAAAUGGAAAGAUUGACAAAUUUAGAGAAAUCGGGAUCAUUUCUGUUGAAAAUGGAAAGAUUGAGACAUUUAGUGAUGCGUACAUGCAAGUUCUCCCCAAGAGCACUUCGUCUAUCGCACAUGAAGAUUCUGGAAGAGGUAAAUCUGUUUGGAUGCUCCUUGUUAGUAGAGAUCUGGGGCCUUGAAGAAUUGGGAUCCCUUUGCUUCCUAUCGAUUGUGGAUUGCAGUUCCAUGGAAAGGAUGUCAAACCUAUCAAACUUGAGAAAGCUAAGGAAGCUCAGAGUUGGAGAAUGUCCAAAGCUAAGAAGCGUGGAAGGUCUAAAUCACUUGGAAUCUUUACAGAAGUUGUGGAUUCACGCUUGCUUGUCGUUGGAGAGUUUGGCUGACACCUCAAAUUUGCGUUUAGAAUGUUCCACAAUUGAACAUUGCGAGUGGUUGACCAACCGUAAUAGUUACUGUAAAUGUCACGACAAAGGAGAUUCAAUGUUUACUGAACCUAACCAUGCUAAGUAUUUUUGAGCUGGUUACACUGACUCAAGCUUGUUGGGGAGGAUAGGUUGGUGAAGGAGAGUUGAGACUUGAUGCUGCAUCCUUUAAUUUGACUCAGGCGAUAAAAGAAUUAAGAAUGGAGUCUCUAAUUGAUGCAGAUGCUAAGACUUGGAACUUAAACCCUAUUAAAGACAUCAUGCGACAGGAGGAGCAGUGACUGGUUUUGAUAAAUCACAUAAGGUUGAGAAUUUUUUAUGACCAAAUGAUUUGGCCCUGGAACAGGAUUGGUUGUUCUUCAGUAAAGUUUCUACCAUUUUACCAUGCAAAAAAGAAAGAAACAUCUACUAAAGCCUAGAUCCUCAAGCUCUCAUACUAUUGAUGGUAUAAUUUGGAAGUUAGCAUGGGGAGUCGACUCUCUUCAAGAUAAGACACUUCCUCUAGUAACUUUGCUUAAAUGUUGUGCCUGCUACUACUGCAUGUGCAAAAGAAAAAAAUAUAGUUUCUCCUGCCGAUGGUGCCCUUAAGAAUUUGUGACAACAAAUUUUCAUUUGACUAAUUUAGUUGUUCUUGACCUUUCACAUAGUGAUGUUUCAUAGAAAUGGAUUGGCUAGAAUCAAAUCAUAAUAUAGUACGAAUCUCACUCCUUGCAUACAUGUACCAUUCCUUGUCGUUUUUUUUUCCUUGCAAAUAAUUUCUUAAUAUAUAUUUUGUUUUACAGGUGGCAAGUAAAUGAGAAGUACUAGAUCUCAACAAUGGCGAAUACUUAAUGAGAACACCCGAUUUAUCUAUGUUGGUGUCCUUGGAGAAAUUGACUCUUGAAGGUUGUCACAACUUAAUUGAAAUUGACCCAUCCAUUGGUAAAUUAAAGCUCCUAACUGCUUUGAACCUGAAGGGAUGUGACUCUUUUCAAGAGUUACCUGAAGAGAUAGGAUAUCUACCAGCUUUGACAGAAAUUGUCAUGCCUAAUAUGCUACAUGAACUUUCGAAGAGAUUUGGUAAUUUGCGGUCAUUGUUGACCUUUGAUGUAUAUCACAUGGGCAGAUUAGCAAUCUGCCAUACUCGAUUGGAGAGCUAGUGAAACUUAGGUGGUUGGAUUUAUUAGGGUGUACAAAGAUAGAGGAACUUCCAGACUCAGGUUUGGAAAUUACAAUCCUUAGUUGAGUUGGAUUUGUCAUUGAUAAUAUUUGUGGACCUUAAAAAGACUUAAAGAUUGACAAGUUUCCUCUGUUAUGUGCAGUGAACAAGAAGCAUCACCCUCCAUUUUUUAGCGAUAAAGAAUGGCAUUUCGAUAAAAUAGCCAAAGACGGCGCUCUACGCAAGCACGUGACUUUGAGAGGAAUCAACACUACUACAGAAAAAAGAAUAAGGGAAGCACAAGCAGUUUGCAACUGCAUUUUGUUACCAAAGUGCCGGCAACCAUCUUCACUAGCAGUCAGAUAAGCACCGAGGAUGGUACUCCUCUGAGGAUCAAACUAGUAGAUGGCAGGACCAAUGAGAGGGUUAUGAGUGGCCCUCUAUCUUCCAUAAAGCUCAAAAUUGUCGUCCUUGAUGGCGAUUUCAGGUUAGACGAGGGAGAGGAUUGGACCGAGAAGGAAUUCAAUUACAAUAUCGUUUGCGAAAGGGAAGGGAGAGAAGGCCAUCGAUAACCGGGAGCCAACUGUGAUCUUGCAAGGGGGAAUUGGUUGCCUCCGUAAUUUAAUCAUCACUGACAACUCGAGCUGGACGAGAAAUCGGGAAAUGAGCUCGAGCUGUUCAAAAAGUUUCUGAGAAAUAAGAAUAAGUGAAGUGAGAAUUGAAACUUUCAUCGUUAAAUAUCAUCGAG